ACACAACUGUCUAUCGCACAAACGCAUCACUAUUGUCUUCCUUUAGCUUCCUUUGCUUUUCCGUUCUCAAACCCUUUCGCUUGUUGCUUCUCUCUUCCAUUAUCCUUUUUUCCUUUUGUUUCCUUCUCGUCUUCUCACAUUCCUCCGCUUUCCACCCAAAACACCAUAACCUUUCACUUUGAUUCUUAGUUGUCUCUUUGUUCAUAGCUAGUUAUAAUUAACGGAGAAAGCUGCUAUUUCCAAUUUCUCACCAUUUUGAUUAUUUGACUUGUUCACAUCGUUAUUGAUAUAUUAGUUCUUGUCGUUUACAUUUUAUGGGUCUGAUCGAUCCCCUGUUAUCUCUGUUCUUCUGUCAUUUGCUUUACUUUUCUAUUGAAUAAACAAAAUGGAAUCUGUUGCUGACGUUGCUGCCAACCUUUCUUCGGAAGCUGCGAAGGGCGCCUUCGAAGAAGGUCAACAGUUUGUGAGAUAUGUAAGCACCUACGAGCAAAAUAUUGACAAGUUCAACGAGAAAUUGAAGUCGUUGACAGCAAAAAGAAAAAGUGUGCAGCAAGAGGUUGAUGAUGCAGAAAGGAGCGGGAAGAAGAUAAAAGCGGACGUCGAGCAUUGGUGCAAGAGAGUGGACGAGGAAAUCAAUGAAAGGGAGAAGAAGGUGAAGGAUCUUGAAGGCAAAGCAAAGAAAAAGUGCUUCUUUGGCUUGUGUCCCAAUUUCAACUCUCGCUAUCAGUGUAGCCUGACAGCAGAAGAAGGUGCCAGGACUUUCGACGACCUUAUCAAACAAAGUCAAUUUAACAAAGUGGGAUACCUUGAUGUUCCAGAAGCUAUAGUGGAUGAAUCUCCUAAUGGCUUUGAAACCUUUAAAUCAAGAGAGAAGGUUUUCAACGACAUCAUGGAGGCAAUGAAAGAUGUUACUGUCAGCAUGAUAGGGGUGUACGGGUUGCCUGGUGUGGGCAAAACAUUACUAGUCAAUGAAGUUGCCAGACAAGUCCAAGAGGUUAAGUUAUUUGAUUCUGUGGUUACAGUGACUGUGGCUCAAACUCCUGUCAUUCAGAAAAUUCAAGAAAAUAUUGCUGAGUUGUUGAGUUUAAGACUAAAAGAUAAUAGUAUAAAUGUAAGAGCGCGUAGAUUGCACGAAAGGUUAAAGAAAGAGAAGACAGUUCUUAUUGUUUUAGAUGAUAUUUGGAAGAGACUGGAUCUCAAGGAAGUCGGAAUUCCAUUUGGAAACCAACACAAGGGAUGCAAGAUAUUGUUGACGUCAAGAGAUCGAGAUGUUCUGUUAGAUGGGAUGAAAGCUGAAAAAACUUUUGCAAUUGAUGUUUUAGACAAUGAAGAAACUUGGAACUUGUUUAAGAAGAUGGCUGGGGAUAGUGUUGAGAGAGCUGAGUUACGAUCUAUAGCAAUUGAGGUAGCCAAAAAAUGUGCAAGAUUGCCGCUGGCCAUUGCAACAGUUGCAAAUGCACUGAGUAAUAAACCUUUAUAUGUUUGGAAGGAUGCUUUACUACAACUACAGAAGCCUUGCUCAAGAAACUUGAGUAGGAAAUUCGCAGACGCAUAUUUAGCUACACAGUUGAGUUACAACCAUUUAGAAAAUGAAGAACUCAAACAGGCUUUUCUGCUUUGCAGUCUACUGCGUCGUGUUGGAAACAUUGAUGACUUGUUGAAAUAUGCCAUUGGUUUGGGUUUAAUUAAUGGUGUCGACACCAUGGAGGAAGCACGAAGCAGGUUGUUAACAAUGGUGCGUGACCUCAAAGCUUCUUGUUUGUUAAUUGAUAAUAACACCGGUAAACUGUCCUUUGAUAUGCAUGAUCUUGUUUAUGAUUUUGCCAUGUCAAUCGCUUCCAAGGACCAUCACCUUUUUGCAUCACACGAGGAGGAUGUUCCGAAAGAUUGGCCUAAUGAAGAGACAAUGAAAAAGUGCAACAUGAUUAAUUUGGAAUUUCCCAGUAUUAGAGAGCUUCCUGACGAGUUGAAUUGCCCACAACUUGUUUUUUGCUGUAUGUUUGGCAAGGAUGAUUCCCUGGAAAUGCCACCUAACUUCUUUAGGCAAACAACAAAUCUUAAAGUCUUAGGUUUGACUGAAAAACAAGUUUCUUCUUUACCUUCGUCAAUUUGUCUCCUAACAAGCCUUCGUACAUUGUGUCUAGAUUAUUGUAAACUGGGAGAUAUAGCCAUUAUUGGAGAGCUUAAGAAUUUAGAAAUUCUUAGUCUUUUAGGAUCUCAUUUUAGAAUUUUACCUAAGGAAAUUGGGCGGCUGGUUAAGCUAAAAUUAUUAGAUUUACGUUAUUGUGCUGCACUCAAAAUAAUUCCAGCAGGCUUCUUCUCAACCUUGUCAAGAUUAGAAGAAUUAUAUAUGCUUGGCACUUUUAUUCAAUGGGAAGUAAGGGAACAUGCCAACCAACGAAGCAGUGCUAGUCUUGCUGAAUUGAAGAAUUUGUCUUGUUUGAUUGCUUUAGAAUUAAAUAUUCUUGAUGUUGAGGCCAUGUCGAGGGGCUUGUUCUUUGAAGAGUUCCAAAAGUUGGAAAGAUACAAGAUUUUAAUAGGAAGCUAUCAUGCGGAUAAGUGUUUUCUGGAUGCGGGUGAGUAUUCAAGGACUCUGAUACUCAAUGCAAGCAGCCUUGAUCAUUUGGGUCAUGGACUUAAGAUGUUUUUGAAGAAAACUGAAGCUCUACGUAUAUAUGGGGAUUUCAAUAUAAAAAAUGAUUCAAUGAUCCGAUUUAUCAUUCGUGAUAAUGGUGCAGUUGAAUUUCCUCAAUUACGAUCUUUGAUAUUUCAAGGUCUACCAGAUCUCAUUGGCUUUUGCUGCAAAGAUUUGAUUGCCUUUUCCUUUGGCCCAAGCCGUCAACUCAUGCCUCUUAUCAGUGCACAGAUGUUGUUACCUUGCUUGGAGACAUUGCAGUUGUCGUCAACUAAUAUUGAAAGGAUAUGGCAUAAUUCUUGCUACAAUCUUGAGAAGUUGACAACGUUGAUCAUCAAGGAUUGUGACAACUUAACUCAUUUAUUAUCAUUUUCCUUGGCUAGAAGGCUAGUGCAUCUCAAAUGCUUUGAGGUGAGCAGAUGCAAGUCCUUGAAAGAGAUAAUUUCCAAAGAGGAAUUUGAAAAAAAAAGCGAGGUUAAGACUUUAUUUCCUAAAUUAGCCUCUCUAAGCUUAGAGAAUCUUCAGCAUCUCAUUAGAUUUUGCCCAAAACAUCAAAAUAUUGAAUUUCCAUCCUUGAAGUCACUGAAGAUAGAAAAUUGCCCAAAACUGAAAGGGUUCAUAUACAAAUCUACAUCAGAAGGGAGACGAUGUUUCUCUUGUAAAGCUCUCUUUGAUGAAAAGGUUGCAUUUCCUAGUUUGGAGGAAAUUUUUAUUUCCAACUUGAGAAGCAUAGAGAUGAUAUGGCAGAAUCAACUCUCUGCGAAUUCCUUUCUCAAACUACAACGAAUGCAAGUUAUACAAUGCAAUAAUUUAUUGACCAUUUUCUCGUCUAAUACAUUGAGAGCAUUUCAAGGACUGCAAACUCUGCAAGUUUACAGAUGUGAUUUGGUAGAAGAAGUAUUUGAAAUCGAAAGGUCAAAUAUGGAAGAAACACGUGCUGCCACCACUCAUCUAAAAGAACUGGUUUUAGGGCAUCUACCAAGCUUGAAGUAUAUUUGGAAAAAUGAUCCUCAAGGAAUUUUUACAUUUGAAAAUUUGCAGGUAAUAGAUGUUCGGUGGUGUUUGAAUUUGAAGAAUGUAUUUCCAGCAUCUGUAGCCAAAGUUCUUCCACAACUGAGAUGUCUUUCUAUACAUGACUGUGGAGUGGAGGAGAUUGUUUCCAUGGAGGAAGGAUUGGAAACAACUGUCACUUUUGAGUUUAAUCAAGUAUCCUUCCUUUCUCUUUGGAAGCUACUAGAACUCAAAUGUUUCUAUGCGGGAGUGCAUACGACAAAGUGGCCAAUGUUAAAAGAGUUCAACGUAUAUGGCUGUGGCAAAACGAAGAUAUUGGGUACAAAACAUUUCAGCAUCGUAGAUACGCCUAACGUCAAUCGGCAACAACUUGAGUCCCAAUUAAUUUCCUUGGAUGGAAAGCAAGCUUGGUCAUUGGAUGACCUCCCAACAACAGUGGUUUUGACCAUGCAUCAAGGAUCCAUGGUUACGAGCAUGGAUUUUCAUCCUUCGCGCCACACAUUGCUACUCGUUGGUUCUGCCAAUGGUGAAAUCACACUUUGGGAACUUGGGAUGCGUCAGAGAUUGGUUACAAAGCCAUUCAAGAUAUGGAAAGUGUCGACAUGGGGCGUGACGGUGGGUUCAAUUAAAUUUCAGGUUAUGACGAUGUUCGGUGAUAUACUCUUAUCUGUCAACCGUGUCACAUGGAGUCCUGAUGGAAGUUUUGUAGGGGUUGCAUUUUCCAAGCAUUUAAUUCACUUGUAUGCUUAUCCUGGAUCUAAUGAUCUAAUACAGAUCAUACAGAUUGAUGCCCAUGUUGGUGGUGUAAAUGACUUAGCCUUUGCUCAUAUAAACAAACGACUGUGCGUUGUUACCUGUGGAGAUGACGACCUCAUAAAGGUGUGGGAUCCAAUGACGGGACAAAAGCUGUUUAAUUUUGAAGGUCAUGAUGCACCUGUUUAUUCCAUCUGCCCAUAUCAGAAACAGAAUAUUCCGCUCAUAUAUUCAACCACUGUCGAUGGGACAAUUACGUCCUCGAUGUAUGAUGGUAUGCAAUACAAAGCUGACUUUUUUGCUCCAGGUCAAGGGUGUAGUACAAUAAUUCUCAGUGCUAAUAGUACAAGAUUGUUCUCUUGUGGAACAAGUAAAGAUGGACGAUCUUUUCUGGUUGAGUGGUAUCGAAAUGAAAGAAUAGUCAAGAGGAUUUAUGAGGGGUUCACAAAGAAAUCAGCAGGUGUGGUGUCAUUCGACAUCGUGCAAAAUCAAUUUUUAGCUGCAGGAGAAGAUAGCCAAAUAAAGUUUUGGAACAUGGAUGAUAGCAAUCUUCUCACUUUCAUAGAUGCAGAGGGUGGACUCCCUAGUCUUCCCCGUGUGAGAUUCAAUAAGGAAGGAAAUCUCCUUGCUGUGACAACAGCAGACAAUGGAUUCAAAAUACUUGCCAAUGCUGUGGGUCUCAGAUCUUUACGAGCAAAUGAAGCAUCAUCUUCUUCUGCCUAGAUGUUUGGGAAAUGCCCCAGUCCUGUAGAAUCCUCCUACAUGAUUCAUACUUGUUCAUGUUUUACUUUGCUUGUCCUUAACCCCUCAAGUGUUUUUCUUUUUUCUUAAAAAUAGUUUCUGACUUUCUAUAAUUGACUUAUAUAUAUAU